UGCAACCCUCUCAUCAGCGACCUUGAAAAUGAGAUUACACGCCCUCACUCGCCGGGCUUUGAGCCAGCAACCCGUCGUCGCAAGACGCUUUGCAUCGACCUCGUACCGAUCGCCUUUCGCUCCCAAAUAUAAGACGCAAUUCAACCUUUACGGGAUCACCCAGGACCAGUUGUGGAAUGUGUCCUUCAUUGGAGGCGGCAUGGCCGCAUCACUAGGCUUCUUCGCUCUCUUCUUCUUCGCCGACGUGCCCCGGGUCAGCGUUGAUAUCAUGCAAAAGCUUCCUCUCAUCGGCCACAAAUUCAAGCGCGAGAUUGCUCCGGAAGACAACCCCUUCUGAGCGGACGUGGACAUCGGUGGAUUACCUGUCCAUGGGGUGAAAAGUUCGUGGUCGGAAGACAACGUUGCUGUGCAUAGAAGCCGGACCAUGUACCAUUACGAUAAACCAUUAUAGAGCGAAUCUUGACUGUAAAUCUCAUUCGAUGUGCGCGCUCCCUAUGACAGGAGGACCGAUGAGGAAGUACGUGACGAGACGCCUUGCCGAACGCGCCAGCUUCGUAGAUAAUCCCAGGAUCCCCAAAUCAACGUGACGUCUAGUUCUUCGGUAACCUGCCCACGACCUCCGCCAUCUCCG